AUGGCGAGCUAUGGCGAGCAAGUGUAUUGCACGCUGCUCAUGAGCGAUGCGUACCUUCCCGGCGCUGCAGUCCUAGCUCAUUCCUUGCGAGAUGGCGGCACUACCAAGAAGCUGGCGGUCCUCGUCACGCUGGACACCUUAUCCGCCGACACAGUCACCGAACUCAAGGCCCUGUAUGACUAUCUCAUUCCCGUCGAGCGGAUUCGAACCCCCAAUCCUUCGAAUCUCUUCCUCAUGGACCGUGCCGAUCUUGCUUUCGCCUUCACCAAGAUAGCCCUCUGGAGACAAGUUCAGUUUAGCAAGAUUGUGUACAUAGACGCCGAUGUCGUGGCUCUACGCGCGCCGGACGAGCUCUUCAACAUUGAUGCUCCCUUUGCGGCUGCUCCCGAUGUUGGCUGGCCAGAUGCUUUCAAUACUGGCGUCAUGGUCCUCACUCCGAACAUGGGUGACUACUGGGCGCUUCAGACUCUGGCGGCCAGUGGAGAUAGCUUCGACGGAGCUGACCAGGGCCUCUUGAACCAAUACUACGAGCACAAGAACUGGCAUAGGCUCAGCUUUACCUACAACUGCACUCCGAACGCCCAGUACCAGUGGGAACCAGCAUACCGGCACUACAAGAGCAACAUCAAGAUGGUCCACUUCAUUGGCAAGGACAAACCGUGGACCAAGGGGCGGCAGAGUCCAGGAGGUGUCUACAACGAGCUUCUGGGACGCUGGUGGGCUGUGUACGACAAGCACCUGAAGGGACAAUCAGUAAAAAGCGUCGACUUCGGAACCACAUCUAUCGAACAUCUAAUUUCAACGCCCCAGAUCAUCGAGCCAGAAGCGCCAACCACUAGUACGGAACUGCCGCUGUCUGACCCUGGAGAGACUGUGGAGAACAUUGACCAAGGCUAUGUAGAGCCGACACCCACGGUUGACCAACGAAAGUUCUCUGCUCCCAUUAUGUCUUGGGACGCGACACGCUCGGAGCCUCCCUCUGAAUCGAAACCUGAGGCAGCCAACUUUCCCAGCCAAACGUAUGAGUGGACCGAAAGCCGAUCCCUCUUUCAAGCGCCGCAGUCAUAUCCAGAACCACCUAAAGACAUGUGGUACCAGGUACCUGAGACGAAACCUACAGUCGCUGACAAGCCAAAACCAAUUUUCCCAUGGGAAAAAGAACGCAGUGUACCGAAACCAACCCGCGUCUUCGCCGAAGAUCUCCCCCCCGCCCCAAUACCUACCGUCUCAGCCUCCGCGGCCUCAAAAUUGGAAGAGAAGGGACCGGAAUCAUCGACCUCGCCGCCACAAACGGCAGAGGAAGGGUGGCAGGCUUUCUCACAGAGCAGCAAUGCCUGGGACAGCGUACCGGGUAUCGAAAGCUAUGUGCGUGCGAUCAUGGAAGCACAGACACGACAUGGAAGACCCUCGCCGGGCAUCGAAACACUAGGGCCGGCUGGUGGACCGUCCAUUCUCUCGCCGACUCUAAGCCGACAAGAGCGUCGCGAGAGCCUUAUAUUGACAGAUUUCCCUACUGCCGUCGAGAGGCCGAGUCUUCCGGUUACGCCUGCACCGAUUCGUCGGCCAACCUUCUGGGGUGAUGAGAGGGAUGAGGCAGGAGAAUUGCCAGCCGCCGAAGGCGUGCCGGACCAAGUCGACUGGGUAUGUCCACAAUGCGGUUUUUCUUCUACGAGCGCUGCUUCGUUUCGUCGCGUACAUCAUCGACUUUCGUCAAGCGCUUCUGCUUCAACCGCCCCGACAUUGGCUCCUACUGUUCAGAGCCCUCAAACCGUGACCGCGCCUCCGGUCAAAAUAAGCCCCUUCAGCGGCGUCAGUUCUCGAGGCGCGCCCUUGGCCUCUUUAACGCCUUCAUACUUUCCGAGUCCAGGUACUGUGAAUGCGCUUGCGAAAUCGCACGGUCUGACUUUGCAGUCCGAAUCUGAUGUUGAUGCUGUUGUUGCACUCCUGACUGGAACCAAACGCUAA